CUUUAGUUGUUUAUAUACCACUUGCACAUGUUUUUAGUUCAAAUGUCGCAUCAAAGUCAAAUCUAGGUACAUUUUUGAGGUUAAGUAUAAGAGAUGUGGCCAGUAUUAAUGGGCGCCCUUAGGAGUUACGCUCCAUAUAUUACCCUCCCUUUUGCAGCUUUAGUCGGCGUUAUUGGCUAUAACCUAGAAAACUGGAUGUCUGACAAGUACACCCCAUACAACAAAUCUAUCGAAGAACAACGUACAGAAAGGCUGUUGGAAGAGGAUAAAUUGCAGGCUGCCGAAAAUGUCGAGAAAUUAAAGUACAAAGCCAACGUUUUAAAUACAAAUUUGUCGCCUUCCCUAAGUUAGAUCCUUGAUUUACUGUGAUUGUAAUUUGUACUGAGUAAUACUUUUUCAUUGUAUAUAAAUAAACAUGUUUUAAUCA